GUCACAGCUGUCACCUUUUUUCGGAGUCGUGCACACGAGAUAAGACGACGACUAUACGACGAAAUGUUGCAAAUAUUGAUUAAGCUUAAGUAGUUUAGUAAGAACCGGGCAAGUAUGGGUGCCCUAGGAGGUGACGGCAGCGAGGCCAAGGAGAGCCGGGAAGUCCUCAGCACGGUUUUUCUGUGCCUCCUUUGGUACGUGGUGUCGUCGUCGAGCAACGUCGCGGCCAAAGCUUUGCUUUCGGACUUUCCGUACCCAAUAACCGUGACGAUGGUUCAGUUGACGACGAUUAGUUUGUUUUCGGGGCCGUUAUUUAGUUUGUGGGGGGUCAGACGCACAAGCACCAGCCUCAUAACCUGGUCCUACUACUUCAAGUUAAUCGUGCCACUUGCGGUGGGCAAGUUCCUCGGAAAUCUUUUAAGCCACGUCAGUAUUUGGAAGGUGCCUGUCUCCUAUGCCCACACUGUGAAGGCCACAAUGCCCCUGUUUACUGUGCUCCUGUCCAGGAUCAUAUUGCGCGAGCGACAAACAACAAAGGUUUAUGCCAGCUUGCUGCCCAUCGUCGGUGGUGUGGCCAUUGCCACCCUGACCGAGCUCAGCUUCAACUUCACCGGGCUCUUGAGUGCACUAGCCUCGACUAUGGCUUUCUCGCUGCAGAAUAUUUACUCCAAAAAGGUGCUCUACGAUACUGGUAUCCACCAUCUGAGGCUACUACUAAUUUUAGGUCGACUCGCGUUGUUCAUGUUCUUGCCGGUGUGGCUGAUGUAUGACGUGCGGAAUCUCUGGCACGAUCCAGCGACCGGAAGGGCCGUGGAGAUUAGCACGAGGACUCUGGUGCUGCUGGUGGUCGACGGUAUCCUGAAUUGGUUGCAAAAUAUAGUGGCGUUUUCGGUGAUGUCGAUGGUGACGCCGUUGACGUACGCCGUGGCGAGCGCCAGCAAGAGGAUAUUCGUGAUCGCCGUGACGCUGUUUAUUUUAGGCAAUCCGGUGACUGGACUGAAUAUUUUUGGUAUGGUUUUGGCCAUCGGUGGGGUGCUUUGUUACAAUAAGGCCAAGUACGAUCAGCGUCAAGCUGAGAGGAAGAAGAGCUUGCUGCCCAAGUACAACGCGAACGGGCAUCAGAGUUCUUUCCUGGUAAACGGUUGGGCAGACGACAAGCAUAGAUUGUUUGCUGCUUAGAUAGACCAAUUUAUUGCUAUCAAUUUUUAUUUUUAUUUUUUUUUUAAUUUUCAAUUUCUGUCUGCAUACAGAGAAGUGAGCGUUUUACUGCGUUUUUUUUUUUCUUUUUUUUUUGUUACACCGAAUAGUAAUGCUCAGUAUUUCUCUAGUGCUCACCGAAAGACAGAAAUAUUAUUAGGACAAUAUUUUUUAUGAUUUUAAUAAGAAUUAGCAUCGUUAGGAAUAAAUUGAUACAUUAGGAUGGACUUGCCUAGAUCUAUAUGCAAACUUAUUGUUGAAAAAAGUCUGUCCAACUUAUACGUGAUUUUUAUUUUUGCCAUUACUGAAAAUAAUGCGUUUCGCUUCGGAAUAAAUUUCACAUCUACUCUAUCAAAGUUCUUUUUAAAAUAUUUUUGGCAUGUACCCGUACUUUGAGAUUUAGUGCUUAUAACUGGUACUGUCAAGAAAUAACGAAGAAAAUAUUUAUUACUGCAUUUUUGACAGUUAUUUAAAAAAAAAAAUUUGGUCAUAAACUUUUUUCGAUGUACCGAUAGUUGCAUAAAUCAAUAAAAGAUUUUUUCAUUCAAUUAUAAAUAUAAUUAAAAAGAGCUUAGUAUCGUAUAUAUUAUUAUGUGCGGCAUUCUGGACGUGUCAAUCGCUGGCUCGAUUGAUGAUUUUUCAUUACCGAAACGCGGGAGAAAAUAAAUCGAAACACGUUUCUUCCAUUAACGUCGUGUAGUUUAUAAAUGUUCAUAGUGCAUGAAUGAAUUUAUUAAUUUUUUUCAUUAGACUUUGAUAAAUAAAAGUAACAAAGUGUUCAUGUGUAAAUAAAAAUAAAACGCAGGUGAAGGUGAAUGUUCAGGCAAAACCAAUCAAGCGUUGCAUAAAUUUUUUUUGUACAUUUUUAACAUCGCCGAUUGUUGUGUUGCAAUCUCGAAAAUUAUGUACAACGGUAUAGGGAGCAUGUAUUUCGGAUGUAAAUAUACACCGAGAGAAUGUUGGUGACGCCGCAGCCCAAAAUGUAGAAAGCGCUCUCACGUUUUAUUUGGGAGAGCAGAUUUCCCAGAUGGUAGCGUGACUGCCCCAACUUUGAGGAGUGCGACUCUCUCCCGAGCGGUGAGAACGCCACGCUUUGGCUAUUUGGGGCUCCAGCAUCACCAAAUGCCUCUCAUCCAUUUCUUUCAACGAUAUAAACUUUUAAAAAUCUGUGAAAAGAAAGAAAAAC